AUGUGGCGUCACUUUAGUUUGCUGUGCUUUCUAUCAUUCAGGUCCGACUCGAGCGCAAAACAACUUGCCGCGCCAGUGCUUGCAAACCCUUCAGCCACAACAGACUCAACGCCGACUUCAAGUAGCAGUGACAGCUGGUAUAUGUCACCUGUUACAGUCAUUCAAGCCCGUAUUCAGGGUGAUGCUCCUGUGUGGAACGAAGACGUGAAGAUGUGGUUGUCUAAGUUUGGUGAUACGACAGAACUUGCUUAUAUGAACAAUCUUGAUACAGUCAACACGGCGUCUGUCGAAGGAGCUUUGAUGUUUGUACAAGCUGAAGGAAUCAAUGUAAAUGAACAAUCAGUCAAGUGUGAGCGUAAGAACAAGAUGCAAUACGUUGUUUUUUACGAAGUGACAAUCCUUCAGCCAACGUACGGUGUCAAAUACUACGAGGACCACACGCCUCCCGAAUAUGGCAAGUUUGUAGCUAUGGAUGGUGCCAAAUGCACAGAUGAGGGUAGCGAUCUGUCAGAGGACUGCAAGGUCUACUAUGGAUUAGACGGUGAAAAAGAUAUUGGUCCGAUGGUGGGCAGCAACAUGCAGACGUCUGACCCUCGUGCUCCAUAUGUUGGCAACUAUUGGUUCUCGUACCCAAACUCAUGCGCACAGAAGCUACGCGAGGACAAGACGGACGAAUGUCGUACCAAGUACCCUGGUGGACUAUGCGCUCUGGGUGUCAAGCCUGAUGGAGACAGCUGCACGUUCAGCUACAAGAUUCUGGGCUACCUGAAUAUUGACGACCUGGUUGGGAUCACUGAGAUGGGCUACAGUAACUACACAGAGUUUUGCGAGGAUGGACUUGUGGAGUUCAAGGCCACAAACACUGGCAGAGGCUUUGAGGUGGAGGAGUCGAUUGACUUUUGGCAGAAUCCUGGUGACGAGGACGCCAACUCGAACCGUACGAGCAUCAUGGUGAAGAUGUAUAACGAACUAGCAAGCAAUGGCACGAGUUCUAAUAUGACGCCUUUGCCGUCUAUUGAGAAGCUGACAGCGGCAAACCCGAAGUGCUACGAGAACAGCAAAGCGUGCGCGACCGCCCAGUACGGCUGCAGCCGUUCGCUGUACGCACAGAUCUGCUCGGUGUGCUCGCCCGACGCGGAGGGCUGUGUGGUUGCUCCCUCUAUGUUCUCGUUCCCGGAUCUGACACUUCCUAACGACUUGUCCCUAUCCUUCCUUCGCUAG